CAAAUAUAUACUUCGUAUUAUGUUAACUUUUUUACAGACGGCAUUUAUUUCUAUGUCAAACCAAUAGUAAACAUAUGUUGACAGUUGCAGAAACAAUAAUAAAUCAUUUUACAUUGAUUCGAAAAUUGCCUGUUAAAAAAUAUCAUCAUAAAGAACAAUGGCUAAUGAAAACUUGGAUAAUGGGGAAGUGAUGAGUCGAUUAAGAGAGCAGAUCGCUGUUGCUCAUGUCCAGGAGAUGCUCUCCAAGAUGACUUCGAAGUGCUUCAAUAAGUGCAUUUCAAAGCCGGGCAAGGCUUUGGACGGUACCGAGCAACGGUGUAUUACACAAUGCAUGGAUCGAUUUAUAGACACUUGGGAUCACGUCUCACGCACCUAUGGCAAUCGUAUUCAACGUGAACAGGCCAAAGGGAUUCAGUACCUUGGCAAUUCAAAAUAAAGAGCUCAUCUUAAAAAUUUAAUUGUAAUAAAUGAGUUAAAGUUCUAUAACCA